AGCAGUUGUGAACCCGUGUGGAUUAAAAUCACUUGUGAACUGGUAAAAGGAUACAAUGGAGACAAAGGACCAGAAGAAACAUAGAAAGAAAAAUAGUGGGCCCAAAGCUGAAAAGAAAAAGAAAAGACACCUACAAGAUCUACAACUUGGAGAUGAGGAAGAUGCCCGGAAAAGAAACCCCAAAGCUUUUGCCGUGCAGUCUGCUGUGCGGAUGGCUCGAUCCUUUCACAGGACUCAGGACUUGAAGACAAAAAAGCAUCACAUUCCAGUGGUGGAUCGAACUCCUCUAGAGCCUCCACCCAUAGUGGUGGUGGUGAUGGGGCCUCCAAAAGUUGGAAAGAGCACUUUGAUCCGGUGCCUCAUUCGGAACUUCACCAGGCAGAAGCUGACAGAGAUCAGAGGUCCCGUAACCAUCGUGUCAGGUAAAAAACGUCGACUCACCAUUAUUGAAUGUGAUUGUGAUAUUAAUAUGAUGAUUGAUCUGGCGAAAGUAGCAGAUUUGGUUUUGAUGCUCAUAGAUGCCAGCUUUGGAUUCGAAAUGGAAACAUUUGAGUUUCUAAACAUCUGCCAAGUACAUGGCUUUCCUAAAAUUAUGGGUGUCCUCACGCAUCUGGAUUCCUUCAAAUACAACAAACAGCUAAAGAAGACCAAGAAGCGAUUAAAACACAGGUUUUGGACAGAAGUCUACCCAGGUGCCAAACUGUUCUACCUCUCUGGAAUGGUACAUGGAGAAUAUCAAAACCAAGAAAUUCACAACCUGGGACGUUUUAUUACAGUUAUGAAGUUUAGACCUCUUACAUGGCAAACCUCGCAUCCUUAUAUCCUGGCAGACAGGAUGGAAGAUUUGACAAACCCAGAAGAUAUUCGAACAAAUAACAAGUGUGACCGAAAGGUGUCUCUUUAUGGUUAUUUAAGAGGAGCUCACUUGAAGAAUAAAAGCCAAAUUCACGUGCCAGGGGUAGGGGAUUUUGCUGUGAGUGACGUUAGUUUCCUCCCUGACCCCUGUGCACUUCCUGAACAACAAAAGAAGCGCUGUUUGAAUGAGAAGGAGAAGUUGGUUUAUGCCCCUCUUUCUGGAGUUGGUGGUGUGCUUUAUGACAAAGAUGCUGUCUAUGUCGACCUUGGUGGCAGCCACGGCUUCCAGGAAUCGGAUGAGGUGAGGCCCACGCAUGAACUGGUCCAGAAUCUUAUUUCUACUCAUUCCACCAUUGAUGCCAAAAUGGCUUCAAGUAGAGUGACACUUUUUUCUGAUUCCAAACCCUUGGGGUCCGAGGAUAUAGAUAAUCAAGGGUUAUUGAUGCCAAAAGAGGAACAGCAUGUGGAUCUGAAAACCGGACGAGUUCGUCGGAAAGCUGUUUUUGGCGAUGAAGAUGAGGAGUCUGGAGAGAGCGAGAAUGAAGAUGAAGAAAUGUCUGAAGGCGACAGAUUGGAAAAUGACUCUAGUGAUGAUGAGACAGAAGAGGAGGAAGAUGUCGAAAUGCCUGAUAAAAACUGUGUGACCAGAAAUCGUGUCAAACGGCUGAAGCUUGAAGAGAUGGAAGAAGACACUGAGGUGGAUUUGCCCGCAUUUGCUGAUAGUGAUGAUGACCUGGAGAGGGGCACAGAGGAAGGAGAAGCAGAGGAAGCUGAUGAAAACAGUGAAGAGGAUUCCUGUGUAGAAUCUAAGCUUCUUCGAGAAGGUGAUAAGCCAGGACAGCUACAGACUAGUCGCUUGAGGGACAGUCUGAAUCCAGAGAAGUCUUUAACAGUGCAAAAAGCAACCCAGGCCGUUUCAGAUUCAGGUCAUUGUACAGCUGAAGAGGCAUUUGCUUCUGAAGAGGAAUCUGAAGAAAGUUCUUCUCCCAGUGCGGAGGAAGAGGAUUCAGAAAAUGAAGAAGCUGAUGAGGAAAAGUUUACGAAGCCUUCUCGAGUAAUCGGUGAUCAGAAACUGGGGUCAGAGGAUGAGACCAGUGAUGUAGAAGAUUUACUCAAAGAGGAAGAUGAUUACAAGGAAGAAAAGAACUAUUCUAUAGAAACUUCAGGAUCCCUCAAGUGGAAGGAAGAUCUUUCCAGGAAGGCAGCUGAGGCCUUUCUGAGGCAACAGCAGACAACACCAAACCUUCGAAAGCUCAUUUAUGGGACAGUGACAGAGGAAAAUGAAGAAGAUGAUGACAAUGGGGAAGAGCUUGGAGGGUUGUUCCGGGUCAGCCAGCCUGCCAGAGAGUGUAAGCACAAGGCUGAUUCUUUGGACUGCUCCAGAUUUCAGGUGGAAGCCCCCCAUGAUUGGGAUUUAGAGGAGGUUAUGAACAGUAUCAGAGAUUGCUUUGUGACUGGAAAGUGGGAAGAGGAUAAAGAUGCAGCCAAAGUCUUAGCAGACGAUGAGGAGCUCUAUGGUGACUUUGAAGACUUGGAAACGGGGGAUGUGCACAAGGGAAAACCAGACUCAGCUUCUCAGGAAGAUACAGAGGAAGAAGUCCAAGAAGAAAUCGACCCCAAUGAAGAAGAAGAUGCCAAGAAAAAACAUUUGGAUAAGAAGAGAAAAUUGAAGGAGUUGUUUGAUGCUGAAUAUGAUGAGGGCGAGAGUACAUAUUUUGAUGAUCUUAAAGGAGAAAUGCAUAAGCAAGCACAGCUUAAUCGAGCAGAAUUUGAAGAUCAAGAUGAUGAUGCUAGAGUCCAGUAUGAGGGUUUUCGACCUGGGAUGUAUGUUCGAAUUGAGAUAGAAAACGUCCCUUGUGAAUUCGUGCUUAACUUUGACCCACAUUACCCAAUUAUUUUGGGUGGUUUGGGCAAUAGUGAAGGCAACGUUGGCUAUGUGCAGAUGCGUCUGAAGAAGCAUCGUUGGUAUAAAAAAAUCCUAAAGUCUCGAGAUCCAAUCAUUCUUUCUGUAGGGUGGAGGAGAUUUCAAACCAUCCCGCUGUAUUAUAUCGAAGACCACAAUGGAAGACAGAGGCUCCUGAAAUACACGCCACAGCACAUGCACUGUGGAGCAACAUUUUGGGGUCCCAUCACUCCUCAAGGAACUGGAUUCUUGGCCAUACAGUCUGUCAGUGGCACAGUGCCAGAUUUCCGGAUAGCUGCCACAGGAGUUGUCCUUGAUCUGGAUAAAUCCAUAAAAAUUGUGAAAAAAUUAAAACUCACUGGUUUUCCAUUUAAAAUUUUCAAGAAUACAUCAUUCAUUAAGGGAAUGUUUAAUUCUGCCUUGGAAGUAGCAAAAUUUGAAGGUGCUGUGAUUCGAACUGUCAGUGGAAUAAGAGGACAGAUCAAGAAAGCCCUCCGGGCUCCAGAAGGAGCAUUCCGGGCUAGCUUUGAGGAUAAGUUACUGAUGAGUGAUAUCGUCUUCAUGAGAACUUGGUAUCCUGUUUCCAUCCCAGCAUUCUAUAAUCCAGUAACAUCUUUGUUGAAACCAGUUGGUGAAAAAGAUACUUGGUCAGGAAUGCGGACAACUGGUCAACUACGACUUGCCCAGGGUAUCAAACUAAAGGCCAACAAGGAUUCUCUAUAUAAGCCCAUCUUGAGACAAAAGAAGCAUUUCAAUUCUCUGCAUAUUCCAAAAGCCUUGCAGAAGGCCUUGCCAUUUAAGAGCAAGCCUAAGUCUCAGGCAAAGACAGGCAAGACGCCGAAGGACAGGAUAAGACCGGCUGUCAUACGGGAGCCUCAUGAAAGAAAGAUCCUUGCACUGCUGGAUGCUCUGAGUACAGUGCACGGUCAGAAGAUGAAGAAAGCCAAGGAGCAGAGGCAUCAGCACAAUAAAGAACACUUCAAAAUGAAGCAGAAAGAGGAAGAAGAAAAACUGAAACGACAGAAGGAUCUCAGGAAGAAGCUGUUCCGAAUCCAAGGUCAGAAAGAAAAGAGAAAUCAGAAGUCUAGCCUAAAGGGCAUGGCAGAGCAACCAAAGUGACCCCCAGAUGGGUUGCCCCCUUUCACCUGCAGAGGUGGGAGUUUUCUGGUGUAAGUAACUUAAAGAACAAGUCAGAGACCAGAGUACAAGGGAAACCUCUUGGUUGGACAUACCUCAGACUGUGCCUUUGGAAAAGAAAUGAAAACUGCUGAAUCUGUUCACUCCCAGUGCCUGUGUUAUGUCAAAAUUUAAUGAUUUAAUUUAUGGUUUUAUAGUUACCCUCAUAUUCCCUUUUUUCUGACUCAGUUUAUUUGUACCACAGGAAAUAUUAUUAAAUAUUUUUCUGUUAA